AUGCCUCAACUUCAUACAUUCAAAUAUUAUAUUAGUACAGAAAUUUUCUGUAAUUAUUCAGAUCUUCGUAUUUCCAAUGAUGAUAUUCAACAAACAUUUAGAAAUAUAAUAAAAUAUGGACAAACAUCUUGUAUCAUGGAUUAUUAUGGUGCAGGUGGAACAAUAUGUCAUGUUUAUUCGCUUCCAUUCACAUUUACUCAUUUGCACAAAAUUACGAAUCACUUUCCAUUUAUUGUAUUUAAUACUCUAACUCACUUAUCUGUCUAUGAUAUUGUUCCAUUCGAACAUGAAUUCUUCAUGAGAAUUAAUCAAGCUUUUCCAUUACUCAAAUAUUUGACUAUAGAGAAUGAACGAACGGUGCAUUGGAAUUCUAAUGAUAAUCCAUCAUAUUCCAUUAUUGAAUUUACUCAUCUAACAUCACUUAAAAUCACACGUGCUGAUUUAUAUUAUCUUGAACAAUUUCUGGCUAAAACAAAUACAUUUUUACCUCGUCUAACUCACUUAAAAGUCAAUUACAACGACUUGAAAACUAUAGCAAUCAACUUUACAAGAGAAGAAACCCGUCUUAAUUGUUCUAAAGUAAAGAAAUUAAUUGUCGAAAAGUUUGGUAUUUUUUCAGAAUAUGUUUAUCAAUAUUUUCUUCAUUGUCAACUGAAUUAAUUAAUGAAUAAAGAGAAUGCAUUACACAAACAAUAUCAGAAAAAUUUUCCAAAAAGUGCACCAAUAACAAGAACAAAAACUGAAUAUGAUCGAUUAAAAGCUGCUGAAAUAUUUCUUGAACAAAAACGUAAAUUUUCAACAUUAAAUUCUCAUCGUCCACAAGUUCAAUUCGUAACUCAACCAAAUAUUCAUGUAUAUAAUGAAUCAACAAAACUUAUGAUUGAAAAACAUAAUAAUGCUUUAUUAUUCAAUCGAAGACGAUCAAAAUCAGCUUUACCAGUGCUUCCAUCAAAACAAUCAUCAUUGUCAUCAUCUUCCUCCUCCUCCUCCUCCUCAUCAUCGUCAUCAUUAAAUAGUUCAUUAUCUGAAUGUGAAUUAAUGCCAUUUUCUUUUAAACGGCCACCAGAUAAUAAAAUUCAAGCUACAAGACAAAUCAUUGUGACACCAGCAACAAAACUUAAAAGAAAUCCUUUGUUAAAUGCAACAUUAAGAACAGUUUUGUGA